AUGAGCAGAAAACGAAAUCUACAAUAUUUAUUAAACGACCUUUUACUAGCUGUCCAAGAUGUUAAAGCCGGUAAGUCACAACGGCAAGCUUAUGUCGAUUAUAAGAUACCGAUCGGAACCAUCAAAAGUCGAAUGUCACGAAGUAGCACGGGAGCAAUUGGUAGACUGACAGUUUUGAGUCAAUUACAAGAACAACUAUUUAUGAUGGCUAUUAAAGCAUGUCAAGAUUGA